UAGUCAGGCACUGUGAGAGAGAGCCCUCAGCGCCCAUGUGGAUCAUUAAUAGGACACAAAAAUGGCGGCCGGCAGCGGGAAGUCAGUGUUGUUCGUGUGUUUGGGGAAUAUCUGCAGGUCCCCCAUUGCUGAGGCUGUCUUCAGGAAGAUGGCGACAGAUGGUGGUGUGGUGGACAAGUGGGUUAUAGAUUCUGGUGCUACCUCGGACUGGAAUAUAGGCAGCCUCCCUGACUCCCGUGGUCUGGCCUGCCUCAGGAGACAUGGCACUGACUCAGAUCACAGGGCCCGACAGGUGACGAAGGAGGACUUUGCAUCGUUUGAUUAUAUUCUGUGUAUGGACGAGAGCAACCUGAGGGACCUGAACAAGAAGGCGAACAGCGUAAAGAACAGUAAAGCCAAGAUCGAGCUGCUCGGCUCCUACGACCCUGAGAAACAGCUCAUCAUCAAAGACCCGUACUACGGAAGUGAUCAGGACUUCGAGACGGUGUAUGAACAGUGUGUAAGAUGCUGCAAAGUCUUCCUGGAGAAUAACCCCUAACACUCGUGUUGUCCACACACACACACACACACACACACACACACACAGCCACAGCUUCCUUCCAUCAUGUGCAAUUCUGAGUAUUGCAGUAUGGGCAGCCCAUGCCUCCCAUCAGCUGCUCACCAUGCACUGUACCAUCAGCUGUACACGUAAAUACAGAAAUCUGCACAAAUCUGCUGUGUGAGAGAUUCUGCGUCUUAACUGUACGAUAUAAACUGUAGUUUCAUGUCAUUUUAGUGCUUAUUCUAAGAAUCUGUAAGAAUCUGCUGUUGACAUGCUGACCUCUGCCUCUGUUAAACUGAAGGGAAUCAAAACCAGUCAAUAAAAAUCAACCAAAACACAGAAA